AUGGCGACUCCGCCGGCAGAAUCUCGCAGCAACAGAGCGGCGGUGCAGGCUACGAACGACGAUGCAUCCGCCAGUAAAUUGUCUUGUGUCAAAAAGGGAUACAUUAAAGACGAUUAUGUUCAUCUCUUUGUGAAAAGACCUGUUCGAAGAUCUCCAAUCAUUAAUAGAGGUUACUUUUCUCGUUGGGCUGCCUUCCGGAAGCUUAUGUUUCAGUUUCUCGAAAGUCCUCCUCAAACCAAGAAACAGAUACUGUCACUUGGAGCUGGCUUUGAUACCACGUAUUUUCAGUUGCUGGAUGAGGGUAAAGGGCCCAAUUUGUAUGUGGAAUUGGAUUUUAAGGAGGUGACAAGUAAGAAGGCUGCUGUUAUAGAAAACUCCAGCCAACUGAGGGACAAACUAGGAGCAAAUGCAUCUAUUUCAAUUGAGGAAGGCCAAGUGCUCAGUGAUCACUACAAGUUACUUCCAGUCGACCUGCGUGAUAUACCAAAAUUAAGAGAUGUUAUAUCCUCUGCAGAUAUGGAUCCAAGUCUGCCGACAUUUAUUAUUGCAGAAUGUGUUUUGAUAUAUCUGGACCCCGAUUCAAGCCGUGCCAUCGUCAAUUGGGCGUCAAAAGCGUUUUCAACUGCAGUAUUUUUCUUAUACGAGCAGAUCCAUCCCGAUGAUGCAUUUGGACACCAAAUGAUUAGAAAUUUGGAGAGUCGGGGGUGUGCACUCUUAAGCAUUGAUGCAUCACCCACUUUACUUGCAAAGGAGAGAUUGUUUCUUGACAAUGGUUGGCAGAGAGCUGUUGCCUGGGACAUGCUAAAAGUGUAUGGUAGUUUUGUUGAUGCUCAAGAAAAACGCAGGAUCGAGCGAUUGGAGUUGUUUGAUGAAUUUGAAGAGUGGCACAUGAUGCAGGCAAGUCCGUCUCCACCUUAUUAUGUGAACAUUACUGUGUGGCAUAUGCUGUCAAUGACGCAAUGGGAAUAUUUGGGGGUUUUGGUUUCACUAGAGAAGGGGGCGGUGAAAACAUCAGUAUCUCAUCAACAUCGUCACCUUGAAAAAGGAGGAGGUUUUUUUUGGCUUGGAUCCCGGGCAAUUGCAAAUGCCUCCAAGCUCGACAGUGAGGACGCCGUCCGUCGCUGCAAGGAGCGGCGUCGUUUGAUGAAGGACGCCGUCUAUGCUCGCCACCAUCUCGCCGCCGCUCACUCUGACUAUUGCCGCUCCCUUCGUCUCACCGGCUCCGCCCUCUCCUCCUUUGCCUCCGGCGAGCCCCUCUCCGUGUCUGAAAACACCCCCGCUGUUUUUCUCCGCCCCUCGGAGCAGCGUGUCCCUUCCCCCCCGAAGCCCUCUCCUCCUCCUCCUCCUCAGCCUCACGUCCGCCGCCGCAAGCCGGCUCAUCCUCAACCCCGGCUUCCUCACAUUCUCUCCGAAUCCUCUCCUUCUUCCUCUCCGGUCAGCGAGCGCUCUAAUCUGACUUCUAGGUCUUUCUAUCCAACUGCUUUUCAGAACUCCACUUACUCUCGCUCUCCUUCCCAAGCUUCCUCCGUCUGGAACUGGGAGAAUUUCUACCCUCCUUCUCCUCCUGACUCCGAGUUCUUCGAACAGAAAGCUCGUGAGAAGCACCCUCCACCAUCCCUCUACGACUCUGAAACUGAGAGAUCGGAGCGCGAUUUCUCCCACAGACGCAAACCUAGACAUGAUGCCGCCGAAGAAGUUCACUGCAGCGAAUGGGGCGACGACCAUGAUGACACCACUUCCUCUGAUGACGACACCCAUCCUCACGCUUCCAGAUCCGAUGUUGAGUCGCAUGCUCCUGCAGAGCCUCUGCAACAUCACAAUACGCACCAAGACCACGGGAAAGACAAGACGACUACCAACUCUGACCAUGUUUUCACUUCUUCCAAGACCAAAUUGGUGGUCAGGCACAGGGAUUUGAAGGAGAUUUUGGACGCCGUUCAAGACUACUUCGACAAGGCUGCCUCCGCUGGAGACCAGGUCUCCGCCAUGCUUGAGAUCGGCCGGGCUGAGCUCGACCGCAGUUUCAGCAAGCUGAAGAAGACUGUGUAUCAUUCAAGCAGUGUGUUCAGCAACUUGAGUGCAAGCUGGACCUCAAAACCCCCUUUGGCAGUCAGAUACAAGCUCGAUGCAUCUACCCUGAAUGAUCAAGGCAGCCUCAAGAGCCUCUGCUCCACUCUAGACCGACUCCUGGCUUGGGAGAAGAAGCUCUAUGAGGAUGUCAAGGCAAGAGAAGGAAUUAAGAUUGAGCACGAGAAGAAGCUGUCUGCGUUGCAGAGUCAGGAGUACAAGGGAGGCGAUGAAUCCAAGCUUGACAAGACUAAAACUUCCAUAACCAGACUGCAAUCACUGAUCAUUGUUACUUCAGAAGCUGUUUUAACUACGUCUAAUGCCAUUCGCCGUCUCCGGGACACUGACCUUGUGCCUCAGCUUGUUGAACUCUGCCACGGAUUAAUGUACAUGUGGAAGUCAAUGCACGAGUACCACGAAAUCCAGAACAACAUCGUCCAACAAGUGCGUGGCCUGAUCAACCAGACAGAGAGAGGUGAGUCAACAUCAGAAGUACACAGGCAGGUGACGCGAGACCUAGAGUCAGCUGUCUCCUUGUGGCACUCGAGCUUCUGUCGCAUCAUCAAAUUCCAAAGGGAGUUCAUAAGUUCCCUCCACUCGUGGUUCAAGCUCAGCCUUGUUCCCCUGAGCAACGAAGACCCAAAGAAGCAGCGGUCAGAUACAUUUGCCUUGUGUGAAGAGUGGAAGCAGAGCCUGGAACGUGUGCCUGACACGGUGGCAUCAGAAGCCAUAAAGAGCUUUGUAAAUGUGGUGCAUGUGAUAUCGAUAAAGCAGGCUGAAGAGGUGAAGAUGAAGAAACGCACGGAGAGUGCAGGAAAGGAACUGGAGAAGAAGGCAUCGUCACUGAGGAGCAUAGAGAGAAAGUACUACCAGGCCUAUUCGACCGUGGGGAUAGGGCCUGGACCGGAGGCCUUGGAUGCACGGGACCCGCUUUCUGAGAAGAAAUCAGAGCUGGCGGCGUGUCAGAGGCAGGUGGAGGAUGAGGUGAUGAGGCACGUAAAGGCCGUGGAGGUGACACGGGCAAUGACUCUAAACAAUCUUCAAACCGGCCUGCCAAAUCUGUUCCAAGCCAUGACCAGCUUCUCAUCUCUCUUCACAGACUCUCUCCAGACCGUCUGUUCUCGUUCCUACUCCAUCAACUGA